AGGCACGAACAGCAGCUCCGACGACCAAGAGCAGACACAGCUUUAGACGGGCUGCUACAGCUGAGCUCAGCCGUCUGUGUACUCUCCCAAACAGCCUAGACAAGAGGAGACAGACAAGAGGUGGCGGCCGAAUAAGAACCAGCGAGAACGGCGCGAAGACAAAAGGGACAAAUUGGAUGACAUUUUCCUGGCUAACGUUGCUCUUAUCCCCCGCCACACACGCGCACAUAUUUCACACCUUCUUUCAAGACAGCCGGCAGCGGGUAAAGUUGGUCCCCCGUCUCCCUUGUGAACAUUUCUAGUAGAAGGUCUUGUUGAGGAUCGACUUGUUACAGUGCGGAUUUUCAGAGCUCGUCCCCGGCGGAUGAACGAUGCCUGUUGGAUACUGACAUUUCCGGAGGAAGGCUGUCCGUGAACGUGCCACAUGCGCGUGGAAGAUAUGGAUCCACUUUCACUCUAGCCAAGAUUUGCCGCGUUUUUUUAAAAAAAAAAAACAUUUUUUUUUUUUUCCCAAAAUUUACUUUUAUCCUCAUUUUAAAGGACGUUUGGGAUUACUAGACUCUUCUGGGGUUACAAUCAUGAACUUUGUUGUUAGUUUGGUACAAAUUCUCUUGGCAGCGGUUCUUCACCUAUCCACAGUAAAGACUGCCAGCAUUAACAAGGGAGUGGAUAAGCGUAAAAAUGAGGUCAUCCAACUCACAGAAGUCAUCAAUAAGAGUCGGUGCCAGCCAAGAGAGGUGCUUGUGGAUAUCUUCACGGAGUAUCCAGAAGACACGGAGCACACCUACAUCCCUUCCUGCGUGGUCCUCAGUCGGUGUGGAGGCUGCUGCAGUGACGAGGCGAUGGAGUGCGUACCGACUGAAACCCGCAACGUUACACUGCAGGUAAUGCAGCUGAGAACGAUGGUAAUACAACAUAAAAUCCAGUUAAGCUUCACGGAGCAUCAAAAGUGUGACUGCAGAUUAAAGCCCGAAGUUCAAGCAAAGAAUGAAUACCACUGUGCGCCUUGUUCAGAGAGAAGGAAGCGCUUGUUUGUGCAGGACCCUCUCACCUGUAAAUGCUCCUGCAAAUUCACACAAUUAGACUGCAAGUCCAGGCAGCUUGAGUUAAACGAAAGAACUUGCAGAUGUGACAAACCGAGGAGGUGAGACGGGGUGACGCAGACUACACUGUUAUGAAGGAAUUCUCUUUGGCACAGCACUUUGAAACCUGAGGAUGCAUUCCCUGCAAGACGCUCCACGACAACGCCAGACAGGACAUUCUGGAUGCUGAUCCCACCUAACGCUAUACAAUAUAUAUGUACAUAUUCUCUCCAAGUACAUCAACAAUGUGUAUUGCUGCUACUAUUUAAGACUAAAACGACUUACGCUGCCGCGUGUGAACGGGACGAGCGUCGAAGAAGCGGAGGUCAGCGCAAGGAUUUAUAGAUUUUAUUCGAUGUAACACUUCACUGGAUGCUGGUCUGCUGUGGAUACGAACAUUGACAUACGCCUCACGUUAAGGAAAGGAAAAAAACGAUCGAAUCCUUGAAUGCAGCGCAAAGACGAACUAAAGGGGGACUGGUGGACGAUUUAAGGACCUGCAGCACUUGAACUGUAUGGCAGGUUGAAGAAGUUCAGAAGUAGUGUCUCCAGGGUAGGAAGUGACUACACUUAAAAGGACAAUCCGACACAACUGCUGACACAGGUGGUGACGAAUAAUGUGACCUUCUUCCCCCCCGAACGGAAGUUCAGUGACGAUGGCAAGAACCAAACGAACAUUUUGCCAAGGAGUUUUGCGAAAGAUUGGGGGCGGUGUAUCCAAGUAACGGUUUGAAAGUCAGGGUUAAAGGUAACGGACCACGGCCCGUCUGGUCCGGCCUUCGACACACAACUUCUCCCGAGUUGGAAAGUAUAUUUUCUGUGCACAGAGUUUAUUUGUAUUUUUUUAAAUAUUGUGUUACUUUCACAAAAUGUCUUGAGACCAGGCUAAAGGGAUGUUGUUUGUAGGUGUAGAAGACAAUGAGUAAUGACUAGAUGACCUGAAAACAGGUCUGUCCGUAACUCGAAAAAAAAACCCUUAAGCCGUUUUAGAUCCUCCUGAGAGCUAGUGUCCUCUGAAGUGGACGUAUGCGUUUUGCAAAGCAGGGCAAUUAUUUUUCCUCAAAAUGUGGACCUAUAAAAAAUAUAUAUAGACCAGAACCACUAAUGUCUUCUGCAGUUUUUGAAUAAGAAGUCAUUUUUCCCCCCCCCCGAAAUGUUACCCUGACAACAGAAAUUGACAUUUGUGUUCUGCAUAACAAGGCAUUUUUUUUUAAAUGUGUAAAUCAGACACAAUUUGUUUUUUAAUCAGAUGGCUAUUUAUUCCCCCAAAAUGUAAUUUCUGACAAAAGAAAUGAGAACAUUACAAAUGUCCACUGCAGUGGACAUACUGUGUGUGUUUUGCAGAACGAGGGGAAUUUUUUUUCCCUAAACUAAUUUCUGUCUUUGGUCUAUCACUGCAGUGGACAUUUGUGUUUAGCAUAACAGGAAUAUUUUUCCUUUAUUUUUGUUAUGCAUAAGAAUACUUUUUUUUUUGUUUUCUGUAAUAUGUAACUGACAAAAAAAAAACACAUAGACCAAAAACAUAUGUCCACUAUUGUGGACGUAUGUGUUUUGCAUAACAAGGCUAUUUUGAUUUUUGUUUUUCCGAAAUAUGUACCUCUUAAAUGCCGAUUUAGGCAACGGAACAUUUUUUUUUUCCUGAAAUGUGUUCAUUUGACAAAGGAAAAAUGCCAAAUGUCCACUUUGUUCAACAUAACAGGGCUAUUUGUUUUAUGCUUUAAAACAAAUAGCCCUGUUAUUUUAAACAAAAAUGUCCACUGUAGUUGACAUUUGUGUUUAGCAUUAUAGGACAAUUUUUCCCCCCAUAUUUGUUAUGCAUAAGAAGGACUUUUUUCCCUUUAAUAUAAUCUGAAAAAAACAAAAAUAGACCAAAGACAUGUGUCCACUAUAGUGGACAUAUGUGUUUUGCAUAACAAGGCUAUUUUUGGUCCCCAAAUAAAAUAACGCUGUUAUGUUAAACACUAAUGACAUUUGUGUUUAGUAUAACAUGACAAUUUUUUUCCCACUUUUGUUAUGCAUAAUAAUAUUUUUUUUUCCCCAUAAUAUGUUUUUCUGACAAAAAAAAAAUAGACCAAAGGACAUAUAGUAUCUCCACUAUAGUGGACAUAUGUGUUUUGCAUAACAAGGCUAUUUUUAUUUAUUUUUCCCGAAAAAUGUACCUCUCAAAUGCCGAUUUACACAACGGACAUUUUUUUUUUUUCCUGAAAUGUGUACAUUUGACAAAGGAAAGACACCAAAUGUCCACCCUGUUCAACAUAACAGGGCUAUUUGUUUUUUUAAAUGUGUAAAUCAGACCAAACAAAUAGCCCUACGUUAAACACUAAUGUCCACUGCAGUGAAAUUAAAAGAAAUAGACCACACACACCACAAUGUCCACAUUAGUGGACGCUGGUUCUUAGGAGGAUUAAAAAAUGGCUUUGUCUGUGUUCCAAAGAAAACAAGUCAUGCUUCCACAACACAGCAAUUCAUCGUCAACGGCUCGUACGUACUUACUUGAUAUCCCUUCUGUCAAAUAGAUUACAUUUUAAUUUAUAGAACGCGUUCAGUAUUCUGUAUUAUAAUAUUUAUAUGCAGUGUUACAGUGAUUUUGUUGUUUGUCCUCACUCUCAAUCUGCUUCGAGAUUGAACACCUUCGACAUGUGGAUGCCUUUUGUUUCUUGGGGUUUUUUUUUGCGAGGGACUGAAAACAAUGCUUUGACAUUCCUGAGUUGAACUCGAGCUGUGUCGUUAAAACCGGCCAGAGAGGGGAGGGGGGGGGGGGGGGGGGGGGGGGGGGUCAUGUUGACCAAUAGAAACCCCAAGUCAUCGUGAUGCACCGGCACAGGUGCUUUUCUUUUUUUUUUUUGGACCCGGGCUUGUGGUUUUGCACCCGUUUGCCCACAGACACGUCAUUAUCAGGACAGAAGGAGUCUCGGCUCAGCUCGGACCUAAUCUAGCGAGGACUCUAGUUUGAGGCUGGCGAACUGGCACUGUACUUACUAACUGUGGCUUCUUCGACCAGGAAACUAUGGCGCAGGUGUACGUCAGAAAAUGUAUUCACAUAUACAUUAUUAUCUAUUUGCCUGACGACUGGGUGCCUCUGCACUGGACUGUUUGGUUGGUGUCUCCAAUUUCGAAGGGAGGAAAAAAACUAAAAUAAAUCCCGGUUCUCUAGAGCAGACCUGGGCAAAUUGAGCUUUUAAAUUUGGCCCGCCGGACAUUCCCAAAUCAUUUUUUAGAUCUUAAGACGGAAAGUGGAGCUGCAUUAUGAUGUUUUCUAGCAACCGUAAGUCUUCAACUAUACUAAGUAGGGGUGUAGAAAAAAAUCGAUACGAAUACGAAUUGAUACGAAUACGUUGUGUGUUAUUUAUUACCUUUUAAAACCAGCCCUGUUUUGGCAGGUUAAUGUAAUAUCGAUGACUUAUUCAUCAUAAUCUGUUCAUCCGAGUCCACGAUACAAAUACGACCGAGUCACUUACCUGAGUGAUAAUAUUGUUGGCUUUUUAUGAGUGAAACAGUUCUUUUAGCUGCCAGGCCCUGUCUCCCAAUAGUGAAUAUUAUUCAAAAAAUUCUCAAUCCAGACAGUGAUCCGGAUCACCCCCAAAAUGUAAUCAUUUGUUCCUUAGCCCAAUUCUGACAUUUCCUGAAAGUUUUAUGAAAAUCCGCACAUAACUUUUUGAACAAUCUCACUGUUUUUCUAUUGCAAAAUGAAAUUAAUGGAGUGAACCCUCCUGUCAGUCAUCUACUCUCUUUGUCUCUGUGGAUGAAGGCCGGGUUAUCCCAUUUUUGACAUUUUCUGAAUGUUUCAUUAUCAUUUAGAUGAGGUAAUUACUGUAUGGUAUGUGUAAUAUAUAUAUAUAUAUAUAUUAGGGGUGUGGGGAAAAAUCGAUUCGAAUACAAAUCGAAUCGUUUAUGUUGUGCGAUUCAGAAUCGAUUCAAAUUUUUUUUUAAAUCAAUCUUUUUUAUUUUUUUAAUCAAUCCAACAAACCACUAGACAGCAAUACCAUAACAAUGCAAUCCAAUUCCAAAACCAAACCUGACCCAGUAACACUCAGAACUGCAAUAAACAGAGCAGUCGAGAAGACACAAACACCACACAGAACAAACCAAAAGUAGUGAAACAAAAAUGAAUAUUAUCGAUAUUAGUUAUAAUUUCGGCAUAGCAGUGAUUAAAAAUCCCUCACUGACAUUAUCAUUAGACAUUUAUAAAAAUAAUAAAAAAAGAAUAGUGUCAGAGUGGCUUACACUUGCAUGGCAUCUCAUAAGCUGGACAACACACUGUGUCCAAUGUUUUCACAAAGAUAAAAUAAGUCAUAUUUUUGCUUCCUUUAAUAUUUCAAACAAAUUUACAUUAUUGCAAUCAGUUGAUAAAACAUUGUCCUUUACAAUUAUAAAAGGUUUUUUUUUUAAAUCUACUUCUCUGCUAGCAUGUCAGCAGACUGGGGUAGAUCCUGCUGAAAUGUAUUGAAUGAAUACAGAAUCAUUUUGAAUCGGAAAAAUAUCGUUUUUGAAUCGAGAAUCAAAUUGAAUCGAAUCGAAAAAAUCGAUAUAUUAUCGAAUCGUGACCCCAAGGAUCGAUAUUGAACCGAAUCGUGGGACACCCAAAGAUUCGCAGCCCUAAUACUAAGUAUUUCAAUGCUUGGAAUCUGAAUUUAUGGAUGCUAUGCCAGUUACUAUGGUAAUCCAAUUAGUUACUAUGGUAAUCUAAUUAGCUACUAUGGUAAUGUAAGUCACAGCAGCUCAGACAAGGCACCAAGCAGUGUGGGUGGGGAGUGUUUCCACAGACGUGGAAGGAGAUUUUCACAACAAAGUUCUAAAGUUUAGUGAUAUAUCAGAUAUAUCAGAUUGUGGUAGGUUUAUUUUGCAUAUCUCACUGUUUGUUGCGUUUCACUUGAUUGUAAAAUGUGUCGAUGGAAAGGGGGUGUAACGUUCAUAUUUUGUCAAUAUUCAGCGUUUUAUCCUUCAUAGAAAAAUGUCAAAUUCCAUUAGGCUUUUUAAGGCGGUUAACGUUUUUAGCAUUCAAUCAGACAUUAUUGUGAGGUUUUGUAUUAGUGUUCAUAAAAAUAGAUAUACCGGCCCCCAGACACAUUUUUUGUUCUCUAAAUGUGGCCCCCAGAGUGUAAAUAAUUGCCCAGGCCUGCUCUAGAGGAUUGAUCUCAAAAGACCGUGUUCUUAAAGAGCGAGAAGCAAAAGUUUCCAGGACUCGAUGCCAGUUGCGACACUGUUCUUGUAUCAGUCAUGUGAGCCAGCAGUAAACUCUGACGUUGCCACCUUCAAACUAAAGUCCCGAGAGUGACUCGGAACUGAGACACUUGACAGCUGGGUCGCCUCUAACGCCUCUUAAAAGUCCUCAUUUGAUGAGAACAUUCUCUUUGUAUUUAAAUGACAACUUUUUUUUUUUGAGUUUGUACAACCACAAAAAUUUUUUUAGUAUAUUUUCACAUUAAUAUAUUUAUUUCUGCUGUAAAUUCUUUUACAAUAUUAAUAGUUUUUUUUUUGUUGUUUCUAGUGUAUUAAACAUAUUUAUUUUUCAAAUAAA